AGAAAUAAUUGAGACCUCAAGAAAAGCCCUGCAUUUACUGAAGCAAGAACACCCUAAAUGUAAGCCAACACUUUCUGUUAUACAGGUCGGUGAUGAUUGUUUGGGACAAGAAAUUAUCAGAAAAGUUGCUAAAGAGAUUGGUGUGGAUAUUGUUCAUAUUUGUCUUCCCUAUGACAGUACUGAAAACGAGAUCAUAGGUGAAAUUAUAAAACUCAACGAGGAUCCUAGAAUUCAUGGACUUCUCCUUCGCCUUUGUAGAGAAUCAUACACAAGCAAAAUAUUGAAUGCUGUGAAACCAGAGAAAGAUGUGAAUGGAAUAACAGAUUUUAAUUUGGCAAGAUUAGUGCAUGGAGACAUGCAUGAAUGUGUGGUUCCCCCUAUUGCCAGUGCUGUGAUCAAACUUCUGGAAAAGCAAGCAUGUAAUACCCUAGAUGGAAAAAAAUUAUUACUUUUGGGCAUCCAAGGACCAUUGGAAGUUUCCUUGCAAUGUCUUCUUCAAAGAAAAGGGGUCAUGACUAUGAGUUUGUCAUGGAACAUGAAGCAACUCCAGACAAUGCUUCGUGAUGCUGAUAUGAUGGUCGUGGGCAGUACCAAACCUGAAGAGAUCACAGUGGCUUGGAAAAAUCCUGAGAUCACUACAGUGGAUUUUUCACAAAGCACUUUAUGGGGACAGAAUGCUUUUCGUGGACAUCCAACAAGAGGCAAUGAUUGCAAUCUAGGUGAGGCUGUAGAACAUCUGGCAUUGGCAAUAUGCAUGCAGAACUUGGUAAAACUCAGUGAGCUACAGAUAAUAGCAGCCCAGCAGUCUAAGGAAUGGAAUCUCAGUUGCUUGAAUCUACAGCCCGUUUCACCUGUUCCCAGUGAUAUUGAAAUUUCCAGGGGACAGGCUCCAAAACAUAUCCAUAUUCUUGCCAAAGAGAUAGGAUUGCUCACAGAAGAAAUUGAAAUCUAUGGCCAAACCAAAGCUAAAGUACGUCUUUCUCUGCUGGAAAGGUUGAAAGAUCAGCCAGAUGGAAAAUAUGUACUGGUUGCUGGGAUUACGCCGACACCUCUUGGAGAAGGGAAGAGCACUGUGACAAUUGGCUUAGUCCAAGCACUGACAGCCCAUCUUAAAAUAAAUUCCUUUGCCUGCCUGAGACAGCCUUCUCAAGGACCUACUUUUGGUGUUAAAGGAGGAGCAGCAGGAGGUGGAUAUGCUCAAGUCAUACCCAUGGAAGAGUUCAACCUUCACUUAACUGGUGAUAUUCAUGCCAUUACUGCAGCAAAUAAUUUGCUGGCUGCUGCCAUAGACGCUAGAAUUCUACACGAGAACACUCAGUCUGAUAAGGCCUUAUAUAAUAGAUUGGUUCCAUUAGUCCAUGGAGAAAGGAAAUUUUCAGCUAUACAACUUGCACGCAUGAAAAGGAUUGGAAUAACCAAAAUAGAUCCUAAAACAUUAAUUGCAGAUGAGAUUAACAAAUUUGUGCGACUUGAUAUAGACACAUCUACAAUAACAUGGAAAAGGGUGGUGGAUACAAAUGAUAGAUUCCUUAGAAAAAUAACAAUCGGCCAAGCAAAUACAGAGAAGGGAUUUUCUCGCCAGACUCAGUUUGAUAUAGCUGUUGCAAGUGAAAUUAUGGCAAUAUUAGCGCUAACCAGUAGCCUGUCUGAUAUGAAAGAGAGACUGGGAAAAAUCGUAGUUGCUAACAACACAAAAGGGCAACCUGUGACAGCAGAAGAUUUGGGAGUAACUGGUGCUUUGGCAGUUUUAAUGAAGGAUGCAAUUAAACCAACAUUGAUGCAGACUUUGGAGGGUACUCCAGUUUUUGUGCAUGCUGGACCUUUUGCAAAUAUUGCGCAUGGCAGUUCUUCAGUUUUGGCAGACAAGCUUGCCCUGAAAUUGGUCGGCAAAGAAGGAUUUGUAGUAACUGAAGCCGGUUUCGGUGCUGAUAUCGGAAUGGAGAAAUUCUUCAACAUCAAAUGUAGAGCUUCUGGCUUGAUUCCCAGUGUGGUUGUGCUUGUGGCUACAGUGAGGGCUUUGAAGAUGCAUGGAGGGGGGCCAAAUGUUAUAGCUGGUGCACCGCUUAAGAAAGAAUAUACAGAAGAGAAUCUCAAGCUAGUGUCAGAUGGUUGCAGCAACUUGUUGAAGCAAAUUCAAAUUACCCAGCAGUUUGGGGUUCCUGUUGUUCUGGCUCUUAAUGUUUUCAGAACCGACUCGCCUGCUGAGAUUAAUUUAGUCUGUGAGAUAGCCAAACAGUCUGGAGCUUUUGAUGCGGUCCCUUGCCGGCACUGGUCAGAGGGCGGCAGAGGAGCUAUGGAAUUGGCUGAAGCUGUAAGGAGAGCUGCUAACCAACAGAGCAACUUCAGAUAUCUCUAUGACCUGGAGCUUCCCAUAGUUGAAAAAAUAAGAAUCAUAGCUCAGAAGAUCUAUGGAGCUGAGGAUAUAGAGCUGUCUCCUGCAGCACAGUCACAAAUAAAUUGUUACACUCAACAGGGAUUUGGGAACUUGCCCAUUUGUAUGGCAAAAACCCACCUGUCCCUUUCCCACAUGCCUGAGAAGAAAGGUGUUCCCACUGGGUUUGUUUUGCCUAUCAGCGACGUGAGAGCCAGUAUUGGAGCUGGAUUUAUUUAUCCACUGGUGGGAACG